AUGGCUUCUUCUUCAUCAUCAUCAUCUUCUUCUUCUUCUUCCAUCUUUGUAGACUCAACUUCUAAAGUGAUCAUUACAGAACAAGAUUUCAAGAACUUCCAUGGCAUAGAUCGCAAGCUCUUCCUUAGGUUGGUGGCCAAUAUCGGUCAAGAACCAAGGCAAGCUUCAAUGUUCAUGGCUUUAUUCUUAUGGUUGGAGAAGAAGACCAAAGAUUUCAAACUCGUCUCCAAGUUGCUUCAAUGGCCUGAUGCUUUGCUCACUGAUCUCACAAAUGAAGCAGCUUUGAUCUUCACUUGCAUUCAUAGUACUGACCAGUACUGUUUCAUCGAGAAUAACGUUAACUUCAAAUACUAUGACUUGCCUUUGACCCAGAAAAUCACUAACAGUGGCAUUAACCUCCAUUUCGUGCACCAGAAUCGAGUCGGCAUAAAACAAACGAUCAUGGAAUUAAUGAACAAUGUUUGCGACAGAGCUUUUGAUGACAUUGUUGUGCAAUAUUGUUUGCUGCAGAAAAGGGCUGAGAAAGAACAUACGUCGUACAUGAUGAAGCAACGAGGGGGAUACAAUGUUAAUGAUGGUUUUGAGGUUGCGGUGGUGCCGCCACAAGCACCGCCACUGCAAGUGGUGACUGAAGGUUUAGGUGAUGCAUCAGGCGAGAGGAAGGAGAUGGUGGUGGCAGCAGAUGAUAGGACCAUAUUCUUGACAUUCUCGAAAGGAUACCCCAUUUCUGAAUCUGAAAUUCGUGAAUUCUUCUCCAGACGAUAUGGAGAUAUGAUAGAAGCUGUGUUGAUGCAAGAGGCGGAAAGUGUGGGGGAGCAACCACUGUAUGCACGUCUGGUUCUUCGUCCUGAGUUCAUGCAUAUGAUGGAAGCCAUCAUUGAAGGCACCACACGCAAAUCCAAAUUCUGCAUCAACGGCAAGCAUCUCUGGGCCAGAAAAUAUGUUCCCAGGAACACCAAGUCGCCGUCGGCCAUGUCUCCGGCCACUUUGGAUCCAUCUGUUUCUUAA